GAGACAGAAGACGACAAGAGCAAGAAUGCUUUAUUGUGUGAGAUUUCAUUUCCUCUCCAGUACUUAACUGACUGACAUAACUGGAAACAGACUAAUUACAUGCCAGUCCUCUCAUUUCAUCUCUCUGCAGCAUUGUCAGGAAGCUUAGAGUUGCUGUUAGAAUGGAUAUAUGGGAGACCAUCUGGAGCAGGUGCCAGCCAAUCAAAGAUCAGAAAUAUGUUUUUAACACUUUACUUGAUACAUUUUCAUGCACUGGUAUGACUAAAUUAAAAGCAAGAUAUUAAGAAUUUAAGGAUUAUUGGUUUUAUUUUCAUUCUGAUCUGACAGGCAUUUCAACUUUAAAGGACCUUGGGAUGGCAGCAUGUGAAUUGUGACUACUGCCUAAGUAUUAAGCAUUUCAUUGAAUUCGGUCAAGCCAGACUCGCUUUGGUUAUUUGCCUUCUGGGUCUUACAUCCUCAGACUAACUAUUUUGUGAGUUUUGGAUAUCUCUUUUUGAAUAUGACUGCAAUGCAAAAAUUCCUGAAGUUGCAGGUGAGUGCAGUAAAUCUAGUGAAGCCACAAGCUCCUGAGGAAGCCAAGAGUCCUGUGUUGGCACCAGAUGGGAGCCCACAAACAUGGUACAAUGCAGUGCAAGUCGAUGAACUUCGUCUUUUAAAGUCAUCCCCAUCACCAUCAUCAUCUGACCAGGAGCAAAAAACAGAGGACGGUACAGAUAAUGUCCAGAUACACCCUUUACGACAUGAUGAUUUGAAGGAGAUGCUGGAUGGAAAUAAGGAUUCUCUGAAACUGGAGGCAAUGAAGAGGAUUGUUGCUAUGAUAGCUAGAGGCAAAAAUGCAUCAGACCUGUUUCCAGCUGUUGUCAAGAAUGUUGCCUGUAAGAAUUUAGAGGUGAAAAAGCUGGUAUAUGUGUAUUUGGUUCGAUAUGCAGAAGAACAGCAAGACCUGGCCCUGCUCUCAAUCUCAACAUUCCAAAGAGGAUUAAAGGAUCCCAACCAGCUGAUACGAGCCAGCGCUUUACGUGUACUUUCCAGUAUUCGAGUAACGAUCAUUGUCCCCAUUAUGAUGCUUGCAAUCAAAGAAGCAGCUUCAGACAUGUCACCCUAUGUCAGAAAGACAGCAGCUCACGCUAUCCCCAAACUAUACAGCUUGGAUCCAGACCAGAAAGAUCAGCUAAUUGAGGUUAUUGAAAAGCUACUGUCAGACAAAACAACGCUGGUAGCUGGCAGUGUGGUGAUGGCAUUUGAAGAGGUAUGCCCUGAGAGGAUCGACUUGAUCCAUAAGAACUACCGCAAGUUGUGCAAUCUUCUGAUUGAUGUGGAAGAGUGGGGGCAAGUGGUCAUUAUUAACAUGCUCACCCGCUAUGCCAGGACGCAGUUCUUGAAUCCUAAUCAGAAUGAGUCUCUUCUAGAAGAAAAUACUGAAAAGGAGUUCUAUGGCUCAGAUGAGGAAGAUUCAAAAGGAGAAAAGGAAGAGAGCGCCUCACUAGUGAAGAGGAAACCAUAUGUGAUGGACCCAGAUCACCGCCUGCUUUUACGUAAUACAAAGCCUCUGCUGCAGAGCAGAAAUGCUGCUGUUGUAAUGGCUGUGGCACAGCUUUACUUUCACCUAGCACCCAAGGCAGAAGUGGGAGUCAUUGCCAAGGCACUGGUUCGCCUCCUGAGGAGUCAUAGUGAGGUGCAGUAUGUGGUGUUACAGAAUGUGGCAACAAUGACCAUCAAACGGAGGGGAAUGUUUGAGCCACAUCUGAAAAGCUUCUACAUCAGGUCAACUGACCCAACUCAAAUCAAAGUGCUGAAGCUUGAAGUACUGACCAAUCUGGCAAAUGAAACCAAUAUUUCUAUCAUACUGCGAGAGUUCCAGACCUAUAUACGGAGUGUGGACAAAGACUUUGUGGCAGCUACAAUACAAGCCAUUGGACGGUGUGCUACAAAUAUUGGUGAGGUCCGUGACACCUGUCUGAAUGGAUUAGUCCAGCUACUGUCUAACCGUGAUGAACUGGUGGUGGCAGAAUCUGUUGUGGUCAUUAAGAAGCUGUUACAGAUGCAGCCAUCGCAACAUAGUGACAUCAUUAAGCACAUGGCCAAACUCAUCGAUAACAUCCAGGUACCCAUGGCUCGAGCAAGCAUUCUUUGGCUAAUUGGGGAGUAUUGUGAGCAUGUACCAAAGAUUGCUCCAGAUGUUUUGCGUAAGAUGGCAAAAUCUUUUACAAAUGAGGAAGACAUUGUAAAGCUACAGAUCACAAAUCUAGCAGCCAAAUUGUACUUAACCAACCACAAGCAGACCAAGCUACUAGCUCAGUACGUUUUGAAUCUUGCUAAGUAUGACCAGAACUAUGAUAUCCGUGACCGUGCUCGCUUCAUUCGCCAGCUGAUAAUCCCAACGGAGAAGAGUGGUGUCCUCAGCAAGUAUGCACGCAAGCUGUUCCUGGCACAGAAACCAGCUCCAGUGUUAGAAUCCCCAUUUAAAGAUCGUGAUCAUUUUCAACUUGGCUCACUGUCACAUCUCCUGAAUGCAAAGGCUAGUGGAUACCAGGAACUUCCAAACUGGCCAGAAGUAGCCCCAGACCCAUCUGUGAGAAACGUGGAGGAGGAAGUUUUCUCAUCUGAAGAAGGACGCAUUGGAUUACUAGGAGAAUGGCGACAGAUACCUGAGUGGACAAAGUGUAGCGCAAGAGAAAAGAGGAAAGAAAAAGCAGAAAAGCCAUUUUAUUCUGAUUCAGAAGGCGAGUCUGGACGUACAGAAUCUGCAGACAGUGAAACAGAGUCAGGAAGUGAGUCAGAAAGUGGCAGUGGCAGUAAGAGUGAGUCUGGCUCUGAAAGUGAAGAGGAAGAAGAAGAUGAAGAAGAAGAGGAGGAAGAGUGUGAAGGUGAACCAGAAUCCAAGAAGGGUCAGAAGACAAAAGGAAGUAAAUCCAAAAUCCAGCAACGAAUUCUCGAGAGUGCAGAAAGUGGGCAAAGUGAAACAGAGGAACACACGAAAGUGAAGAAAAAAGAGGUGAAGCAGAGUUCAGAGUCCUCGUCAGAAGAAGAGAGUCCCUCAGAAGAAAGUUCUUCCGAGUCUGAAUCAUCUGAGGAGGAAGAGGAAUCUAAAUCAGACAAUGAGAAGAAAAAAAAUAAAAAGCCUUCAAGUCCUAAACCAGUGGCAAAAUCAACAGCAAAGGAUUCAGAACAUAUCUCUCUGCUUGAUCUCGAUGAUUUUUCUAGCCCUGCAACAAAACCUACUUCUUCUGCCAGCUAUACGUCAAUAAGUCUGGUGACAGACUUGGAAGGUUUGAGCUUGAAUGAUUCCUUGCUGACUCCAACAGCAGUCAGUCCAACCUUCAGCAAUAUGAAAAUGUAUGAACUUUUGCAUCGAAUCACAGGGGAAGGACUCUCAGUUGAGUAUUGUUUCAAUCGGCAGCCGUUCACAUCUGAUCCACAGAUGGUGGCAGUCCAGAUCCAAUUCACAAACAAUACAGGCACAGAAGUGAAAAACCUCCACAUUAGUGAACCAAAGCUACAGUCUGGAAUGAGAAUUCAUCCAUUCCAAGAGAUAGAGUCUUUAACACCUGGUGAAACAGUAACAGUCACUAUGGGCAUUGACUUUUGUGACUCAACACAAGCUGCAAAUUUCCAGCUCUGUACACAUACUCGUAAGUUCUAUGUGUCGAUCCAGCCUCCAGUAGGAGAACUCACAGCUCCCAUGUUUAUGAGUGAGAAUGAGUUCAAGAAAGAACAAGGAAAACUGACAGGGAUGAGUGAAAUCACAGAAAAGCUGACUUUGCCACCUACAUGCCAGAAUGAUCAUGUGCUUGUCCAGAGAGUAACAUCUGCAGCUAACCUCAGCCGGGUUCCUUGUGGAGCAGAUAAUGAAUACAGGUUUGCUGGCAGAACUGUGAGCAGUAGCAGUUUGGUGCUUGUUACACUGCUGAUCAAAAAUGGAGGAGCAUCACAACUGACAAUCAACAGUGAGAAAAUGGUCAUUGGUACCAUGAUGGUGAAGGACAUUAUUCAGGCCUUGACACACUGAAGACAUCUGUAUUCAAGCUAACCUAAAUAAACAUCUCAUCUGUCUGUAAACAACGUAAUGCCAGUGCUUACUCCACCUUUUUGUUCCAUGUACCGCUCAUAUUAUAGCUUUCAUAAUGGAUUCACCCCUCCAACCUACUCUCAACAUUUCCAGCUCCCACUCAGGCAGGAAUGUGAAUGCUAGACAAAUGUACAGAACAGGAUAUAGCCAAGAAACAUCUUUCUUUUAUGUUAAUGUAACUUGUAAUAGAUAACCAGUGCACGGCUAAAUGCCAAAUUAUGCUGAAUACAAAAGAGUUGCAUAAUUUGUAUUGUAGGUGAACACCUGUUUCAGGACAGGUAAACAUGCAGUCAAAAGAUUGGGUCAGAUUUGGUUACAGGGAGAUCCCAUUUAUGUAGCGUGUCAACUACCUGUAAAAUAACAUUAUUGCCACCACUGACAGAAAUACUCCCGUGCACAGACAUUUACUUUGCUCAUUGACAAACUUGUCUGUUUUGGAGAACUUUGUUAAAAAGGACUCCACUGACUGCUCCAGAUACCCCCCAAUCUUUCGGAACAGUCAGUAUCAGCCCUUCCAGAAGGCUGGAACAACAUUGCUGUGGAUCAGCUGCAUAUUUCAAUAGACUGAAUCUCCCCUCUGGAAGUUACUAAAUUGUAGCCAUAGAUGGAACUGUAAGAUGUUAUGUUUUGUUUUGUUUUGUUUUUUUUUUUUGCCAACAACAACUUCCUCUUUGUUCAAUUUUUCAUCUACUCUUUCUUGGUAGUGUUCCAUGGGUGCCUUCUUUGGUAUUCUUCUUGGGCUAUUCUCUACAGUGGGCCCUGUAGGGAUUUUAAUUUCCACCUUAGUUGAAGUGUUUGCUACAAAGAAAUAUACCAAAGUCAGAAGGCAGAGGAAAGUGGUGAGGAGGAUACAGAACACUGCAGAAUUUUGUGGACAUAGUGACUGAAAACUGCUGGUGUAUAGCAACUGCCAUCUUCCAACAAUGUGUACUAUGUCCUCAACUCCACAACAAACUAUAAGCAGUUGUCAUUUGUGCAACACGCAACAAUGAUACAAGCAGUGUGUCAGGAAACUUUAAAUUCAGUAGCAGCAGACAGUCCUUCAACUUAAAAUAUGAUUGCAGUUAUUAUGGCCUUAUUUAAAACCAGUUGUUAAUUUGCAUGCCACCACUGCAAAAUAAGACACAUUUUUGUCAUAAUUAUAGCCAAGUAUAUGUGUGUGCAUGUGUGUGUGUAUAUAUAUAUAUAUAUAUAGAGAGAGAGAGAGAGAGAGAUACAAGGAUAGAUAGAGAUCACCUAAAAUAAACUUAUUAAGUAACUGUUCCUCCUCAAACUCUCUGUCUUACAAGAAAUAAUCUUGAACAUUGAAAAAGUCAUAAAUUAUGUAUUUGCUAUGUUGGACAGAGACCAGCAAAAUAAAUUCUCCUCUGUAAUUAAAAGUAGUUUAGGAACAACAGCUAAAACAUUCGCUCCUCUUUGCAAACUCAACCAAAAUAGCCCAGCCUUUCGUUUAGGGAGGACAUCUGUUGAUUAGCAACAGUCUGAUUGAAGGAAAAGCCCCUUGCAGGAGUUGUUACAUUAGGAUUACAACUAAACUGGAAGACAGAAAAGUUGAAAUAAUGUCUAAGUCAUGGAUAGAUGAAUUGAGGUGAGUCUUGACAAAGUAGACAUCUUUACAUAGGAUGCAUAUAUCCCUUACCUGUUCUGUGAAAGAGCAACCAAGAUAAGUAGAAUAAAGCAACUCCAGGAGAGCUGACUUGCACAAAAUUAAGAAAAAGGAGACUCAUUGUUAUCUCACGCAUUUUAUCUGUUUGCACUUUACUGAAGUAAUGCUGCCUCAGAGGUUAUAAUAAAUAUGAGAAUGUAGAAGGCAUGGGGGGGCAAGGCUGUUUGUUGUUAAAAUGCCCCUGCCAUACUGAAGUAAUUGAUCAUAUAUAUGUUAACAUUCCUGUUGCUGCAAACCAAAACAGCUGCAACAGCCUUUGUUAAAAAAUUAAAUGAAUACACAUGUAGCUAAUCUGCAUGGCAGCUGACACAUUUGAUGUUAGUAUCUGAAUCACAGCAAGUGAGAUCAGGAUUAGUUACCAGGGCUGUGCCUGCAAAUGGUGUAUUUUGAUCACUGUACUACCCCAGUAAACAAACAAAAUAGAUAAUAACCAACAAUAUGCAUUAUUUAUUCUGGAUUUGGCAUAAUAAAUUUUAUUACUAUGUGGUUAAUGGAAAUUCAUACUCUUGGUGUAACUUAUACUUCUAUUACAGUGUAAAAUACUACCUCUGGAUGUAAAAUUGUAAACUCUUUGCCAAAUAAUGUUUGAAAAUAGACACAAAGCUUUACUUCGCAACACAAUUUCAUGAUGGGUCUGAGGUUAUUGCAUGUAACUCUUAAAUAUUAAAACAUAUUAACAUAUAUCACUCUCAGUUUUUUUCUUUCUUUGCCUCCACUGUCUAGAGUUUCCUCCUCUCCAAUCAGCCCGUUUGUUCCCAUCACAGGAACAAGGGUCAACCAGAGUCUCCUCCUCUCCAAUCAGCGAAUUCGUUCCCUAUCACGGGAAGAAGGGUCAACAAGAGUCCCCUCCACUCUAGUCAGCCCAUUCAUUAACUAUCACAGAAGAAGGGUCAACAAGAGUCUCCUCCUCUCCAAUCAGCCCAUUCGUCCCCCAUCACAGGAAGAAGGGUCGACCAGAGUCUCCUCCUCUCCAAUCAGCCCCUUCAUUCCCCAUCACAGGAAUAAGGGUCAACCAGAAGGGGCCAUAUUUAGACAGCCAUAAAAGGUGGUUUGAGAGUUUUCUUCUUUAAGCCCUAACACUUCUCAUGAAAGCAUGGCUAGUAGAGCUGAAGGGGGCAUGCAGUGGCCUAUCUGUGCUGGUCAUCCCCUUCUUCUGGAAGCGACAUCACAUUCAAGCAGUUCCAUCCCCUUCCCUCAAGCAGAAGUAGCAGUUUCCCAAUCUCCACAAGAGAAAUCACACCAUCUCCAUGUGUUACCUAAAUAUCUACAAUCCUCUCCACCUCCCAAGAAAGAUGAUCAUAUCUCUUCAUUCCUCAACCUCCCUACCUGGCUCCUCCAACUCUGGGGCUGCUAUUCAAACCCUGGUCACCUGGGUCACAGUAAGCACUCUAUCUCUCUGCACCAUGGAGCCAGGCAUGUAUUUCUCCUUGGGUGAUUCACAAUGCAAAUAUAAGAAGUCCUGCUUUUUGAAUGCAUGUUUACAGCCAUAAACAUGGUCUCAUUGGCAAAAUAAAUUUAUUAUUAACUCAGCAAAAGCACUAGAUUUUUUUUUUUUGAAAUUUCACUUGAAUAUGCAUUUUAGGUAAAGGCAAUGUAGGAUGUUCCAUAAAGAUUAUGUCUGCUUCAUUAGGGGAAAAAAAGGAGAAGAGGUCUGUGACUGUUCUGGAGCAUGUAUUUGAACUACUCACUGCUGUACACACGUAAAGAAAAAUGAAUACUGUAUUAAUUUUCGUUUUAAUUUUGCUUACAAAUUCAUGAUUUUUUUAAAACACACCUAUUUUGUUCCUGUAGUAGGCGGAACAUUCUGCAAUAUAUUCUGCUGAAUAUUAAAAAAGUAACGUAUACAUUGUGAAGCAGAUACUGUGCCACUAGCACAACAGGUAGCACACUCAGCAGGCUAUGGGUUCUAUUCUCAAUCCAGGUGUUUGAAUAGUUGACGCUGCAGAGCAGUAUUUAUUGGAGUGCUGUAUUCCUGAAUGUGUCAUCCUUCAGAUGAGAUGUUAAACCAAAGCCUCAUCUGCUUGAAUCCGUGGUAGCUCUGGUGGAUGUAAAAGAUUGUGAGGCACCUAUCAGAAAAUGUAGGGGAAGUUCCCUGAGGCCCUGGACACAUACCCCCAAGUAUUAAAAAUAGCACCUUGGCUCUCCCCUGAAAAGAGGCCUCUAGCCUAGUGGGUCUAAUCUAGUCAACAAAAGAUAAAUAAAAUAUUUACUUUCAGUGUAAAUGACUUACUCUGGUAUAAGGUGGUUUUGUGGAUUGGCUUUAAACCAGAGUGACUGAAAGUAAAUCUUUUAAAAGCUAACCACAGUUGGAUAAUGAUAAUUGCACCUGAACUGUUGUAACAAAAUCAGUCUGCAAAAUGACGUGCAAGCAUGUAGUAUCUAACUAUGCCCCUCAUGCAUGUCCUCUGCCCCUACCAUUAUCAACUACAUAAGUGCCAGUCCUCUGCCCCUGCCAUUAUAACUACAUAAGAAAUGUCUUCUAAUUUUCACAAAUGUUCAUAUUUUUACUUGCUUGCUGUAUAUCCAACACCACCUUGCUUUUAAAUUACAAGUGUGUGUUUCCUUUUAAUGUCUUUAUCCUUGACGAAAGGCACAGUCAAGCAAUCCACACACACACGAUUUAUUGACAGCAAGAUUUAUGGAAAUGUGAACUGUGUUACAACUACUGUUGCUUGAAAAUGUAGAUGAGCCUCUUAUGCAUAUGCAAUAAUUUGGAGAGGAAAUUUCAGAAAUGUAAUAAUUCAAUCUCCAUCAAUUCAUAUACUAUUUAGGUGAAUUUGUCCUUGACUCCUAUACUCAGGGCUAAACUCUGUUAAUUUGAUUUUAAUCUAACUCCACUCUAAAUGUGUCUGCAUAAAUUCCUGUCUCAGAAGAAACUCCCUUAGAUGCCUAAAGACUUUGAGUCUCAAUGCAAAUGAAUAAUUCAUCUAAUGACAAUCUUACCAUCACAAACUUUGUUACUUAGAGUACUUUAUUUCCAGACUAUGUUUUGUUGUACAUUAUAAAUUAUUUUUAUAUGUAUUAUUUACUGCUGCUUCCUUAUACUGUUCCUUAUGUUAUAAUACAAUUAUUCCAAGACCCCAUGUCAAAAAUCUAUGUUUGCCUAACACGCUUCUUGGAAAAAAUAAUCAGUUAUCCCAUUUCUGAGAAAGUCCAGAUUCAGUUAAUUGAUAGUACAGUGCUUUACACCCCACUCACAAAUUAAACAUGCCAACUCAGAGGUUACUACACCUUCAGAUAAAAACAUGUUUACUGAAAUGAUUGGCUGAGAAGAUUCCUUCUUUAAUCUACAUUCCUUUAUUUCCCUGAAACCACAAUAACCAAAGAGUAUGGCUUUCUAAGAAGUGUGAAUGACAAAACUGCGUUUCAAAUAUUGUGGUCUUUAAAAAAUUGUACGUGUUUCCAUCUGUUUGUGUAGUCACAUUGUAAUGCAAAAUGAAUAAAGCUCUAAGUGACUGCCACUCUAGGAAGAACAAAUUCAGAAGAACCAUUAUAAAAUAAUUCAGAAGUGUAAGCAGUUGCAUUUAAUCUACUGUAUAUCACACCGUUUAGAGGGUUUUGUCAUUAAGAAGCAUUUGAAGCAGACAAGGCUUUCAAACAUGUUAGAAAAAAGCAAGCCUACAGAGUAUGAAGACUUUACACAAAAUAUUGCUACUCUAAACUAUUCCUUGCUGCUUCUACUACCAGUCUGUUCAAAUGCGUAGUCUCUUAGUACAGUUCACAACCCUUUUUUGUUGUUAAGGCAAAAGACCUACUCAUCCCUUAGACUUUGUUAGCUCUGUCUGUUCACAAGUUUAAACUCGAAAUGAUGCCUUCAGAUACAAGCGUUUGUAUGGAUACUUGUACCAGAUGUGGUUUUAUUGUGUACUUAUUUUAGUGGUUUUAUCUUGUCUGAUUAAAUGGGUUUUCUUUUCCUUAUUAAAUUAUUUUUGUGCUCUA